UGUCAAACACGCGAAUAACGCGAUUUGCGAAAGCUGAAAAAUAAAUUGGAGUUGUUUUUGUUUUCGUAUCGCUUUGUCUAAAUAGUUAACAAAAAUAUUUUCAGAAUGAAAAAUUUUCCAGUGUUCGUUUUCCCUGUGUCGCUAGAAUUUUAUCUAAACGCAAGACACACGUAUAAACAAUUGUUGACAGUUUAUAAUCCAUACGAGUUCUCAGUUAAUUUCAAAGUACUAUGCACGUCCCCAAACAAAUUCACAGUUAUUGAUCCCGAAGGAGUGAUAGCACCUCAAAGCUGCAUAGACAUAAUUGUUCGAUACACACAACCCUCUGCCUCACAUUGCAAUACAACAGACAAAUUUAGAAUUACUAUGUACGACAGAAAUACCCAGCAGGCACUGGGUAAAAGGGACAUACCCACAAAGUUGAUAGAUGGGGAGCCCUCUAACACUAAUCCUGAAAGUUUGGGAGACAACUUCCAUCCCCUAGCAUCAAGGUCCACCCCUCAGAAACAAACCGAGGAGCAUCCGAAAGUCAUUUGCAAUCACCCAUCUCAUAGGGAUAACCCACCAGUAAAUGUUGUAGCUGUGGCGGUGAGUAUAUGUUGUAUAGCCGCUCUUCUAUUACCCACACAACCCGAAGCGACAGUCAAUUCUCAACUGCCAGAAUGGUUGCAUAUCGGCUCUAAUUUAAAAUUAGUGUUUUCAUUUGUACUCGGACUCGUAAGCAUGUUAGUUCUAAGGCCAUAGGUUAUCCUGAAUAAAGUCUAAUUGCAGAGCAUGUAGAAAUUCAUAAUUGGCCUAUAAUUGCAGUGUCUUCGAAACAUAGCUCUUUGGUCCUGUUGUGUACCUAAUACCUAUGUUCUUGGUAAGUGUAUCUGCAAUAAAAACUUAGAUUACCAUUGGUAUGUUGGGUCAAUUUAUUGUUAAGAUAGCAAAUAGAUAUUUUAAACCUUUACCAAAAAAAACGAUGUAUUCAAAUACUCUUCUCUAAACUUUCUUUUACCAGCAGAGUAAAAUGUACAUAAAAAUAACCACCUUCUUGGUUGGAAGUUAGUUAAAUAUUUAGAGCAAAUAAUGUUGCAUUUAAAAUUAGUGUGACAGGCCUUUAUUUGUGCUUCAAUAUAAAUAAAUAUAAUUCAAACUAGAAUGUAUUAUCAAUCUUUAAAAUUAUGUAAGUUAUAUUCCCUUAAUUUUUAGGGU